GUUGAAAUCGAGCGCAUCAUGGGGGCGUUUCAAUCUGUUGUCCUCGGGAGCACUGAUUGGUUCAGAUUUUAGUCGCAUCUAAAUUGCGUCAGCUCUGUUGCUUCAACACGUUUUACAUUUGCCGAUAGUUGUCCACUUCUUGAGGUUAUCAUGGCGAAGAAUAAACAAAAAGGCAAAAAGCAGCAGAAUGUUUUCCGAGUGACCAACAAACAGACAAAACAAAAGAACAAGGCAAAACCUGUCACUUCAACUCUCAAACACAUCAAUAAAGUGAAGAAUGAGAAGGUGGAGAACCUGAAUAAAAUAUUUACAGAGGUCCAACGGGAUGUCAGAAGUGUAUCAAAAUGCACUGCUCCGGUGCCCAGAAAGCCAACUCCGGUUGUCCGUGAAGCACCGAAAGAGUCUGCGAAUGUGGACGGCGCUGCCCAGCUGUUCUCUCAGCUAUAGUGCGGAUUGGCUGCAUGAAAUGAAAUCUAGUUACAAUUCGAACAGUCCACACUGCCCCAAUAAAUUGUGUAGAACGUAAUAUGACUAUCAUGAUGACGAUAUGUAAAUAUGGUGAUAUAUAUAUAUAUAAAAAAAAGUGUGCAGAUAUUCGAAGAAUGUAAAGGAUGAAUUUGUUGAGAGGUUGACACAUGCUGUAAAAUGAUAGAUUCCCCUCCCCGUUGGAUACAUCUGCCAAAUAUAAUGAUCAACAACCUUAAGGUGUUGAUCUGUCUUCACAAGACUAUGCUGCCAAUGCUGAAUGUCAGGGUCUUAGUGCUACACACUAUUUAAUUUUUGAAGGUAGUUUUUAUUGGAUUUUCACUCUUGAUGCGAUAUUGUACUAAUUAUUAAAUUGUUCUUGGAUAAUC